AAAAGUUUUCCCGAACUUGAGCUCUGAGUCAAUUUACAACUCCGUUCGGCUAUAUAUUCAUAAUUAUCCCUCUUCAAUUUCUCGGUCUAAACAUUUUAUAGUAUCUUGUGAAUUAGAAAUUUAGAAUUGAAAUCAUGGCUGAAGCACGGAACAUAUUGAGGACGGCCGACCAUGAACUGCCCCAUCACUUGGAGGUCUCGACCUCGCCAUCAGCUACAACUUUUCAUUCCCCGCUAUCGAGCUUUGGCGGGGCACUCCCCCAGCGAAGUCAACCCAAGCAGCUCAAGCCCUUCAACACACAGGACAUAAAGAUACUCUUACUUGAGAACGUCAAUCAGAGCGGAAGAGACAUCUUGACUGGCCAGGGCUAUCAAGUUGAAUUUCACAAGAGCUCAUUACCCGAGGAUCAACUAAUUGAGAAGAUCCGAGAUGUCCACGUCAUUGGCAUUCGAUCCAAGACCAAAUUAAAUGAAAGGGUCCUCCGCGAGGCCAAGAACCUAUUGGUAAUUGGCUGCUUCUGCAUUGGCACCAAUCAGGUAGAUUUGGAAUACGCAGCUCAUCAUGGUAUUGCCGUCUUCAACUCGCCUUUUGCGAACUCUCGUAGUGUGGCCGAGCUUGUCAUUGCAGAAAUCAUUACUCUGGCUCGCCAGCUAGGUGAUCGUUCCAAUGAGAUGCACAGGGGCACCUGGAAUAAGGUGAGCAACAAGUGCUGGGAAAUUCGUGGCAAGACCCUCGGAAUCGUUGGAUAUGGACACAUUGGCUCGCAAUUGUCUGUGCUCGCAGAAGCUAUGGGGAUGUCAGUUAUAUACUACGAUGUCGUGAGCUUGAUGGCAUUGGGUACGGCCCGACAGGUGCCAACGUUAGAGGCUCUCCUGACCGAAGCUGACUUCGUCACCUUACAUGUGCCUGAGCUACCCGAAACUAAAAACAUGAUUUCUGCCGCGCAGCUCGAACAUAUGAAGGAUGGCUCGUAUCUCAUCAAUGCCAGCCGCGGAACCGUAGUUGACAUUCCGGCUCUCAUCAACGCGAUGCGUGGUGGUAAGAUCGCCGGAGCUGCAUUGGAUGUCUAUCCGGGCGAGCCGCGCGCAAACGGUGAUUAUUUUGUCAAUAGCCUUAACGGGUGGGAGGAAGAUCUUCGCAGUCUGAACAACAUCAUUCUUACCCCGCACAUCGGUGGCAGCACCGAAGAGGCUCAGAGGGCGAUUGGUAUCGAAGUCAGCGACGCUCUGGUUCGAUACAUUAACCUAGGCAUUACUUUGGGCAGCGUCAAUAUGCCCGAAGUAAACAUGCGUUCAUUGACGCUGGAUGAGCCUAACCACGCACGAGUCAUCUACAUCCAUAAUAACGUGCCGGGUGUUCUUCGCAAGGUCAACGAAAUUCUCGGCAACCAUAACGUCGAUAAGCAGAUCAGCGAUAGUAGGGGCGACCUCGCCUAUCUCAUGGCCGAUGUCAGCGACGUCCAGACCAGCGAUCUUAAAGAAAUUUCCGACUCGCUUGAGGUGCUCGGCUCUCGCAUUAUGACACGCGUGCUUUACUAGGUUAAAUCCGUAGAUGAAGUAGUGAGUAGGCGACGGUGGAUGAGGCAAAUAGCAACCCUCUAGGAACUGGAACGAAGGGAAAGGCGUUCAACCAGAUGGAAACAGACAUCUUGCAUGAUGGGUAUAAAAAUUCAACUUUAAUUCAACCAAAAAGGAUACCCGGGAAAAAUCGCAUGAGCACCUAGGUAGGCAUGGUUAGAAAAGGGGUGGCGCGAGGUUCAACAUGAAAACUGCCCACUGUAGAAUAGGUUAAGCAUCGUUUUUGAUAACAUGAAAUUGGCUCGGACUCCCCCUUUUUGUGUGUAGGAGUCGAGAAUUUAUUAGUAUAAUUAUAUCGUUAUUACCGAGCAUCAUGGAAUGCC